AUGGCUGACCUGAGCUUCAUCGAAGAUUCCGUCGCCUUCCCGGAGAAGGAGGAGGACGAGGAGGAGGAGGAGGAGGAGGGUGUGGAGUGGGGCUACGAGGAAGGUGUUGAGUGGGGCUUGGUGUUUCCUGAUGCCAAUGGGGAGUAUCAGUCUCCCAUUAACCUGAACUCCAGAGAAGCUAGAUAUGACCCCUCCCUGCUGGACGUCCGCCUCUCACCAAAUUACGUGGUCUGCCGGGACUGUGAAGUCACUAACGACGGACACAGCAUUCAGGUUAUCCUGAAGUCAAAAUCAGUUCUGUCGGGUGGUCCAUUGCCUCAAGGGCAUGAGUUUGAACUGUAUGAAGUCAGAUUUCACUGGGGAAGAGAAAAUCAGCGUGGUUCUGAGCACACAGUUAAUUUCAAAGCUUUUCCCAUGGAGCUCCAUCUGAUCCACUGGAACUCCACUCUGUUCGGAAGCAUCGAUGAGGCUGUGGGAAAGCCGCAUGGAAUUGCCAUCAUUGCUUUGUUUGUUCAGAUAGGAAAAGAACAUGUAGGCCUGAAGGCUGUGACGGAAAUCCUCCAGGAUAUUCAGUACAAGGGGAAGUCCAAAACAAUACCCUGCUUUAAUCCUAACACAUUGUUACCAGAUCCUCUGCUGCGUGAUUAUUGGGUAUAUGAAGGCUCUCUUACUAUUCCACCCUGCAGCGAAGGUGUUACCUGGAUAUUAUUCCGAUACCCUUUAACUAUAUCUCAGCUACAGAUCGAAGAAUUUCGAAGGCUGAGGACACAUGUUAAGGGGGCAGAACUUGUGGAAGGCUGUGAUGGGAUUUUAGGAGACAAUUUUAGACCCACUCAGCCACUUAGUGACAGAGUCAUCAGAGCUGCAUUUCAGUAGCCAGAGAGAACAGGACAAGUCCGCCACCUUCAUUUGGGAGGAAGACAGUGGUCCUAUAGUGCCCUUGGAUGAGAAUCGGAAACUUUUGAACUGCAGCUUCGUUUUAUGCUCAAAGCCUGCAUUGUUUGUCUUCAUCUAAUCCAGCUUUGAUGGACAUCUGUGGUAGUUCCCUGUACACAUGCUCGAAUGAAAUAUUACAAAUGGCUGUACAUUCAAAAGAAACCCCAUAUUAUAUAGCCACAUCACUGCUGCUGGGGUUCAUAUUUUUGCACAUACUGUUUAUUGUUUAUGUGUAGAAGAAAUGAAACUAGUUUUGGAGUUAUUAUGAAUAUAUAUCGUGUAUUAAUAUUGAGGCAGAAAAAUGCAUUAACAGUCCUUCAUUUCCUGUCUCCAACAGAAAAUUCACUCCUUCAGAGAAUAAUGUAAGUCUUGAUAAUAAAAUAAGAGUUUUGAUCAAGAACA